AAUUCUGACGGGAGAGAUUUUCCUUCCUCUGAUAAUCUGUGGGCCUAAAAAACGACAGAGGACCCCACUAUAAAAUUCACAGAACCCCAAGGCCAUCAAUUUCACAGUGCGCAAUUCAAACUAUCCUCUGAACUUGUCAUCCUCCGAUCACCGGGCCCGCCGCCGCCGGCGAUUUAAUCCACCUCGGUCGAGCCCUACAUUCUUCCUCUAUCUCUCCUCCCCCCUCCUCUCUCUACCACUCAGUCCAGCAAAACAAUGAAGACACAAGUCUCUCAAAUAUUCACUUUCUAGGGUCUCGUUUUCUCUUUAAUUUGUGUUACUCUGGUUUUCAGGUUAAUAGGGUUUGGCAUCUAUAAACAACAGCGCGGAGGCGAAGAGAAGGAAAAAAAGUGACUGUUUACGGGCAGAUAAAGGUUUCUUUUGGGAGUUGGUUGGUAUGGCACAGGCUCAGGUUCAACCUCAGGAUGUGAAUGGCGCGGAGAACCAGUUGGCGGCGGCAUCAUCGCUUUACAUCGGUGAUCUGGAUGUGAAUGUGAUCGAUUCACAGCUCUUCGAUGUAUUCAACCAGGUGGGACAGGUAACGUCUGUUCGAAUAUGCAGGGACUUGACUAGUCGGCGGUCACUCGGUUACGGUUAUGUUAAUUAUGGCAACCCACAAGAUGCUGCGAGGGCAUUGGAGUUGUUGAACUUCACUUCUCUUAAUGGGAAGCCCAUUAGGAUAAUGUAUUCUCAUCGUGACCCUAGUUUGCGUAAAAGUGGGGCUGGAAAUAUUUUUAUUAAGAAUUUGGAUGAGGCAAUUGACAACAAAGCAUUACAUGAUACAUUUUCUUCUUUUGGGAAUAUUCUCUCUUGCAAGGUGGCAAUAGACUCCUCUGGUCAGUCAAAGGGCUACGGUUUUGUGCAGUAUGAUAGUGAGGAAGCUGCCCAAAAAGCUAUACAGAGGCUUAAUGGUAUGCUUUUAAACGACAAACAAGUAUAUGUGGGUCCUUUCCUUCGGAAGCAAGAACGAGAAAUGGCUAUGGAAAAGACGAAAUUCACUAAUGUCUUUGUAAAGAAUCUAUCAGAAUCAACAUCUGAAGAAGAUUUGAAAAAAAUAUUUGGUGAAUAUGGGACAAUCACUAGUGCUGUGGUGAUGAGGCAUUUGGAUGGAAAGUCUAAGUGCUUUGGUUUUGUCAACUUUGAGAAUGUUGAUGCUGCUGCUCGAUCUGUAGAGUCUCUUAAUGGACAAAAAAUUGAUAACAAGGAGUUGUAUGUUGGUAAAGCCCAAAAAAAAUCUGAGAGGGAAUCUGAACUAAAACUUAGAUUUGAGCACGCCACGGAGGAGGCAUCUGAUAAAUCUCAAAGGCAGAAUCUGUACCUUAAAAAUUUGGAUGAUAGCAUUGGUGACGAUAAGCUCAAGGAAUUGUUCUCUCCAUUUGGUACCAUAACUUCAUGCAAGGUUAUGCAAGACUCUAACGGAAUCAGCAGGGGAUCAGGAUUUGUUGCCUUUUCUACUCCUGAGGGGGCAACCAGAGCUCUCAUGGAAAUGAAUGGCAAAAUGGUUGUCAGCAAACCUCUGUAUGUUGCCCACGCGCAAAGCAAAGAAGAAAGAAGAGCAAGAUUACAGGCUCAAUUUUCUCAAAUGCGACCAGUUGACAUGACACCUUCAAUUGCUCCUCGUAUGCCAAUCUACCCUCCUGGUGCAGGUCUUGGGCAGCAAGUUUUCUAUGGACAAACUUCUCCAGCUUUCGUACCACCCCAACCUGGUUUUGGAUAUCCUCAACUUAUUCCUGCCAUGAGGCCUGGUGGGGCUCCCAUGCCAAAUUUCUUCAUGCCACUGGUCCAGCAGGGUCAGCAUCCGGCCGGGAGACAUGCUGGAGUCAUGCCACUGCAGCUGGGCCAACAGCCUGUUCCGCUUGUACGGCAGCAGAUGUUUCCUAGGGGACAGGUCUUUCGUUACGCUCAAGCUCGUAGGUUGCUUGAUGCUUCCAUGUCAGGAGCUGCUGGACGCGGGCUUUCUGUGCCUUUGCAUGAUGGUGGAAUGUCUCAGCCCCCAGUCCCAAUUGCGGCUUUGGCUUCUGCCCUUUCAAAGUCUUCUCCUGCAGACCAAAGGACGAUACUGGGUGAACAUCUUUAUCCGCUGGUAGAACAGCUGGAGCCUGAGAUGGCUGCCAAGGUAACUGGCAUGCUUCUGGAGAUGGACCAGGCUGAAGUUCUGCACUUACUUGAGUCGCCGGAAGCUCUGACAGGCAAGGCUGCAGAGGCCAUGGAAGUUCUUAAGAAUGUUAAACAGCAGCAGGCCACUGAUCCAGCCGAACAAUUGGUCUCCUUGUCAUUAAAUGAUGGAAUCGUUCCUUGAUUUUUAUAACCCGCAGUUUUGGAGUUUCAACAGCUUAGCAAGACUUUUUUAGAUGUGAUUUUGACAUAUGUUUUUAAUGAAUUCUAUCGUGUGGUUUGGAAAGCACUUGUUCUUGGUGCAA